AUGGAUUUACAACCAAUACGACAAUUUGAUUAUUUACAACGAACACUUUCAAUUUUUCUAACAAAUCCAUCUAAUAUGUCUGAACAAUUUGAGUCUUUAAUAGAUGAACUUAUUAAAGAAAAUAAACAAAUCAAUAAAUCACCUAAGUCAUCUCCUGAAUCUUCAUCAUCAGAUUCGAAAUCUGAUUUAUUGACAACAUCAAAUUCUCCACAACCUUUACCUAAAAAACGUUCAGCACCUUUAACAACAAAUUCUAAACCACCACCAUCAAAACGUUUAAAAUCAUCAAUAAUUAAAGAUGAUGAUGAUGAUGAUGAUAAUGAUGAAUGUCCAAAAAAGAAAAAACAACAAUUAGAAAAUAUUAUACAUAAAAAUAAUAAAGAUGAUGAUAUUUAUCAAGAUGAUGAUGAUAAUGAUGAUAUUAAAUUAAAAUCAUCUGAAUCUCAAAUAAAUCCAAUAUUAUCAUCAUCAUCACGUGAUAUUGAUGAAUUUGCUAUUGAAUUAGGUCUUGUUUGCAAUAAAUGCAUGGUUCUUACAGAAGAAAAAGAUAAUCGUCUAGUUGAAUGCCAUGAAUGUCAUGCUAAGUAUCAUCAAAAAUGUCAUAAACCACCCGUUAGUACAACUGAUAUUAGUGAUCCUCGAUGUUUAUGGUAUUGUGCAAAAUGUCGAAAAUUAAUUAAUAAACGACAGCAAUCACAAUCAUCAAUAAAAGAAACAAAAACAAAUAGUAAUUCUUCUUCAUCAAUUAAUAAAGCAAAAAUAAUUGAAUCACCAUCAACUACAGGAAAAAAGACUAUGUCAACUUCUAUGGCAGAUGUAACUACUGGACUUUUUUCAUUUAAAUCAAAACCGUCUGAUUCAACAAUAUCAGAUACUACAACAAUUAGUAAUCCAUCAAUAUCUAGUUCAAAUUCUUCAUUAACUAAUGGUAUUACAACUAAAAAUACUAAUGGUUGGGCAUCAUUAGCAACAGGUUUUAAAGAAAAAAAGAUAACAUCAGAAGUAACUAGUACUACAUCAAAUAAUUCAGCUAGUUCAAUACUUGCUGAAUUAACAGCAUUGACUACAUCAUCUAAUAGUAAUAGUAAUACAAAACGUUCACCACCAUCACCUAAAUCUAUAAAUUCAACAUCAUUAAAACCAACAAUCAAUGGUAAUAAUAUAAAUUCAUUAAAAACAACAAGUUCAUUAUCAUUAUCAUCAUUAAAAUCUAAUAAACCAUCAUCACCUCCUGUACUUAAAUCUCAAAUAUCAUCAUCAUCAUUAAAAUCUACACAAAAAUUAAUACCAACAUCAAAAAAUUUACAACGAAUUAGUUCACCAACACCACUUGGUCGACAAACAUCCAUUAAUAAAUCUCCACCAUCAACAAGUAGUACAACAUAUAAUCGUUUAAAUAGUUCUAGUAGUAAUUCACCAUCAUCAUCAUCAACAACAACAACAACAACGGGUACAAAUACUAAAAUAGCAACGGGUCUUGAUUUUGAAAAACGUUUAAAACAAAUGAAAAAAAUGGCAGCUGAAAAAAGUUUGACCAAGAAAUUUUCAUAA